UUUCUCUCUCUCGCGCUGCAGCCAUCUUGGAUAUAACUUUCGUAGUCGGUGCGUACCUCCGUUGUGAAUCUAAAGUCAUCCAUCCGUUUUCCAAACAUUGCGGGCGUCAUCCACGGUUUCGAAUGUUAAUUCAAAGUGGUGUUAUUUAGUCGCAACCAUGCCUGGCGAAGCAACAGAAACUGUCCCGGUCACCGAGCAAGAGAUGCAGCAGCCACAAGUGGAGACUGGUUCGGGCACUGAGUCAGAGAGUGAUGACUCUGUUCCUGAGUUGGAGGAACAAGACUCUGCACAAACACAGACACAGCAGGCACAGGUUGCGGCCGCUGCUGAACUAGAUGAGGAACCAGUCAGUAAAGCCAAACAAAGUCGCAGUGAAAAGAAGGCACGAAAGGCAAUGUCAAAGCUUGGUCUCAGGCAAGUCACAGGUGUCACCAGAGUUACAAUCCGCAAGUCCAAGAACAUCUUGUUUGUCAUAACCAAACCAGACGUCUACAAGAGCCCCGCGUCAGACACAUACAUUGUGUUUGGUGAAGCUAAGAUUGAAGAUCUCUCUCAGCAAGCCCAGCAGGCUGCAGCAGAAAAAUUCAAGAUGCAGGGAGAAGCCGUAUCAAACAUCCAAGAAAAUACACAGACGCCGACAGUACAGGAGGAAAGCGAAGAAGAAGAGGUUGACGAGACUGGAGUUGAGGUCAAGGACAUUGAACUUGUCAUGUCACAAGCAAACGUGUCGCGGGCAAAGGCUGUACGUGCCCUAAAAAACAACAACAACGACAUUGUCAAUGCUAUCAUGGAGUUGACGAUGUAAAAUGGACCCUGGGAAAAAGUGUUUUGAGUGGUUGCCGAUUCGAUAUUAGCCUCAUUUAUAGAAUUUAUACCCAAGAUGGAAAUUAAAAUGACUUAAUAUGAAAA